UGGGAUACAGAAACCAGUUUAACAACUCUCUUUUAAUUCAGCACAGGAGAUAGUGGCAGGCAGUAAGGUGUGAAUGUCACUUGAUUGGACGGUGUGAUAUGUAGCUGUGCAUUAAUGGACUUGCCCCUAACAAAAAGCUCAGCAAAUUUCAACAGACACAGUUUUGCUUUCUUGGAAUGCAGAGACAUUUGUCUGUCAUCAGAACUAUCUUUAUGCAGUUUCCAGGCUGGUUGUACGCGCUGAGUUUGACUGUAAUUACAGGCUUCUGUUCUUCUGUCUGCAUUCAUGACUCUGUUCAGAGAGAGACUGUAGUGGUGUCCCCUCCAAUUAUCCCUCCCCAUGCCUCUCACUUACAUAUCCGUGAUGUCCACCGCACCCCUUUCCUUCCUCUUAGAAUCACCCCAUGGUACCUUCAAGGAGAAAGUGUCCUGCUUACUCCAGCCGAGAGCAAUAAAUUGCAAAAGGCUAUCUUAGACGUCACCAGGACUGUUUCCAGUGUGCUCUCAGUGCAUAGGGUAGAAGGACCACUUCUGCUGAACAGAGAUAUUGAGAAAUUCUGUCAUUCUGUCUGGCGAAAUAGUACACUUCCAAACUAUAACAAGUGUGGAUCUUUAAAUAAGUCUUAUCGGGGAGAAACCUGCUUAGAUAUCAUAAUACCUGAUUCUCACCUACGAGGAUUUGAAGUGUGGCUAGAGUUGGGUCAGGAGCCAAGUGUUGUAACUCCAGAUGGAGCAGGAAUUCCAGGUACAGACUUCCUGCUGUAUGUCAGAGUGGCGCAAACAGAAAAAUGUGCAACACAGUCUUCAGUCAUUGCCUACGCUUCCUACUGUCAACUGGACCCCUUUGGACGCCCUCUUGCUGGAAUCAUUGUGUUUUGUCCAGAACAUUUGAAAGAAGAAGGAUAUCAACACAGUCAUGUUGUGCAAGUUUCUCUCCAUGAGUUACUCCAUGCUCUUGGAUUCUCCAGAAAUCUAUUUUCGCGUUGGAUAGACUGUGAUCUUUAUGACAUAGGAGAUAUUUGCUCAUCUCGUUCCCGCGUUGCAAAUACAGAUGAGAAUGGCCAAUUCCGGAUUUACACUCCUACAGUUAUGCGUAAAAUGGGAGAACACCUGGGUGGUGGACGUGUGGGUGCCCCACUUGAGAAUAAGGACUUCCCACAUUCUGCUUCUUCGCACUGGGAGGCACGGGUCCUACAAGGGUCCACCCUGACAGCUUCACUCAGCCCACCUCAUCUCACACACCUGGAUAUUAUCACACUGGCUGCCUUCAAAGACAUGGGAUGGUAUGGUGUCAAUACAAACAUCAUUGAUCAGCUGGUGUGGGGAAAAGGGGCUGGUCAUUCGUUUGGCCUUCCCACCAAAUGUAAUGAUACCUCUACUGGAUUCUUCUGCACAGGAAGUGAGAUUGGCUGCCAUCAUCUGCACUUGGACAAAGGUGUCUGCUCCACUGAUUCAUUCCUAGAAGGAUGUCGAAUAUACAAGCCUCUCUCAAGUGGAGGUGAAUGUUGGCUCCCACAAAAAGAAAGGGCACAAGAACAGAUAUAUGACCAGAACAGUCGCUGCUUCUUCUCCAAUCUGACAAAGGAAGGAGCACGCCAGACAAAGGUCAAAGGUCGCUGCUAUCUACAUCGGUGCAUGGCUCCAAACAGUUUCCAGGUCAAAGUUCAAGGCUCAGAGUGGACAGACUGUCCACCUGGAGAAUGGAUACAGGUAGCAGGUUUUGAUGGUUUCCUGCAUUGCCCAUUAGGCAGACUAUGUAUGGGAUUCAAUCACUUACUUUUACCAGUAUCUACUGGAAGUUCUCCUCUUGUAUCAACUGCGGCAGUAAAAGAGGAAACCAAGUUUAUCUCAGGUCCAAAACUCAACGUGCAGGUGAUUAUUGCUAAAAGUAUGAAAGGGAGACCUGAGGAGACAAUGCAAUUAAAGGAAGAGGUUCUGGUGGUCAUUGCUCAAAAGGCAGGCAUUAGAAGAUGUCUCCUACAAGGCACUCCAAGGACAGAUCUAGUCUUCUCUUUCUUUAUAACAACUGUGGGUUCUGAAGACUGCCCUGGACAUAAUUUAGAUACACCAUCUCAUUUAGCUCUGCUCAAACUAGCCUGUUCUGGAACUCCAUCCAUAAUGUACAAUUCAUCUCAAUUUUCAACAGUUCUCAUCAGGAUUUUGGACCACAGUUGCCCCACCUUAAAUCCAAAUGUGGAUACAAAUACUUAUCUGACAUGGGCCUGUUUAGGUGCACUUUUCCCCAUAAUAUUUAUUCUCAUGCUCGCAUGGAAAAGACACAAGAAGCAAUCUCUGAUAGUGCAUGAUAUUUAUCAAUCUCAGGUUGUAGAUGAAGAAGAUAUUCCGAAACAACAGAAGGGAACACCUUGGUGUCGUUGUAUGGCAUAGGAAAGAAUAUUGUUGCUUAUUUAAAUUAAUUCCGCUACAAAGUUCAUUUGUAUAACGAGUACAAAGUAUUACCAAAAAAAAAAAUAAUACAAAAAAAAAUUAUAUACACACACACAAUUCUUGCACUAACGCUGUUUUGGUAAAUGCCGGGUGCCAAAGUCUACUGGCUGGUUCACAUAGAAUAUCCACAUAUGUCCUUUUUUUGAUCCUGAGGAAAUCCCAACAUGGGGCUGAAACGUUGAUCUUUUUUAAUGUAUACGUAAUAAAAGAGUUUUGAA